CCUUGUCCGGUAGGCUGGAUACUCAGCCUUUAUGGUUCUUGCUACAAAAUAUCUUCCAACAAACUGGAGAGGUACAACGCACAGUCCGCCUGUAAAGACCUAGGAUCAAGCCUUGUUAUACUGAACUCGUCGGCUAAAAUACAAGAGCUCAUCAAAAGAACAAACAGCCAGACGUGGAUUGGCUUAAGACGUGAUCUCGCGGACAAUUCAAGCUGGCAAUGGGUUGACGGGUCUCGCGCUUUGUAUAGCUACUGGUGGAGUGGAGAGCCAAACAAUUACAAUAGUAAAGAAGAUUGUGUAGUAAUGAACCCUCACGUAGGAAAAUGGAAUGACCAAGCGUGUUGGAGGUUUCAUUCUUACGUUUGUGAAAGCAACGGUAAUACAGUUUUUUAAUAUUAUGCGAUCAAAGCGUAAAAAUCCCAAGCAAAACUGUAAAUCUGAUACCUACAGCAAUUGCAACGAUAAUUUUGAUCGCUUAACCCUAUUCAAAGUUAUCUUGAAAUGUGAGUCAACUAUGAAGUUACUAUGACAACCGUUUCAACAGCCAUGUUAUUAAAAUUUGCAUCUUCCCCAGCGAAAAUAAGUUCCUUUUCUGUUUUAAGUGAAUCAUAAUGUUACACUUGACUAUUAUUUUACCAAAUUUAUGUAACUGUGAAUGCAAUACAGGCCUUUUAGAGACAACUCUCAGAAGCAAAAUAGCUGAUGCCGGUUUAGUUUCAACAGUAUUCAUUUCCGCAGCUAGAAAACAAAGAAAAAUGUCACAGGUUUUUACACCGACAAUGACCCCAAACCGGAAGUAAAAGGUUCUCGAUUCGUUCAAGCCAAGACAAACUAUAGGAGGACUGUAAGAUAUGAUCUCAUAAUUAAGAUGCUGAUGUUUUAAUUCGACUAGUGAUUAUUACUAAGAAAGGCAAUAUGAUUAAAAAUUGUGCAUUUAAUUCGGCAGCAUGCGGUUCAGUGGUAAACAGUACUACACUUUCAAGCGUAGGAUAUCCGAACUACUAUCCAGAAAACAUGGACUGUACUUGGACUUGGGAAAUUCCGAAAGGAAAAAUUUUGAAAGUGACCUUUGCAUUACUCGACAUAGAACCUUGGUGGGAUUGUUGGUAGGCGAUUUAAAUGUUUUCUGAAAAUUAUGAAGUAGAGUUGGGUCCUUGAAUCACAUCCACCUGAAAUCAGUGCUACAGAGCUGAACUUCUGCCAACGGGCACUUCCCCUUAGCUGGCAUUUUUCAAAGUCCCAUUGGGGUGAAGCGCGCAGUUCUUUUGUUCAUUUGACUGAUUUGACAAUGACAGCUCUAAGACUUGGAUCUUUUGGGUCAUGUGAUAAUACUCCACAGAAAUAUACAUUUCGUUUUACUUACCUGCAUAUGUACGCAUAAUUUAUGAAAUGAUGUUUAAUUUAUGAAAGAAUCCAAAAUUUAUUUAUAAUGUAUUGUAGUGGAGUUUGCUCUGUGAGUAAUCCAGGCCUCUUGGCAAAGUUUAUAAAUAAUAAACAAAUAUGUUAUGACAUCUUCCUGAGACCUUCAUUUCGAAAACAAAAAAGAUAAACAGUUAAAUAUUAGGUAAAGAGAGAAAGACACCUGCGAGCUGGGGUUAUUAAUUUAGAACAACUUCGUUCCCAGGGUCCUCUCCUACUCGGCCCCCGUGGCGGAGAGGACCCUGGAAACGAGGUUGAAUUUAGAACACACCCGUCUGCCAAGAGGGGCGUGAAUUUUCAUUACCAUUUACCUUUAAGCAAAUAUUCAAGCACGCUUUUUAUUCUGCUUCUAAGAAAACUGUUUCUUCGGACAGUUUAGUUGAAACAGUUUGCUGAAAACAGCUUCUAUUCUAGCUUGAUCAUUUCCCAGAGUUUUAUUGUCACAACCAAUUAACCAUAACGCAUUGAUUCUUUUUCUAGAAGAACCAAGGUGUUUUUACUGUUUUAAUGUACCCACUAUAAAACUUCUUCGUCAGUGUUAAAGGAACGGCUUCUUUAUUAUUUGGAAGAUAAACAGGCUUGGACACUUAAUUUUCUUGUAGGAGGGACUAUUUGAGCAUUUACCACCAACGCAACGUUCUGAUUGGCAGAUACUGCGAUAAUUUAAACACCAAUUUGGCAGUGAUGGUUGCCGGGGAUUACACAUUGAUUGAAUUCCACUCAAAAAACGUUAAGAGAGAAAAGCGUGGAUUCAGAUUGCAUUUCAGUGAAAUGCCACGAAGUGGUAAGUGCAGAGCGACCAAAGCGUAAUUCAAUUGUAUGGGAAAUAAUCCUCAAUUUUAAUCUACUCUGCACGCAAGCAGAGGCCCUUCGAUUUUACUGGACAAGCAAAGUCUGGACGCCAUCUAAACUGAUGGCUAUUAUUUAAAAUGAAGUAUUAGAUCCUCAGCGGCGAUAUUUUACACAUCACGUAUGCCGUUUUGUAGAGAUUGUCGCAACUGCUUACUGUUAAAAGUUUACGCGAGUUGCAAAAUGUCAAAACACGUCGAAAUCCUAACAAAAGCCCUUCCCCAACUUACCCUAACAAACACGCACACUACGAUGGGUGUAUGGAUUUGCUCUAAGUUCGAGGGCUAAAACUGUUGCCAUACUUUGAGCCAGUGGAGUAGCCAAACAGUUUGUGUAUCCUGCAUGACAGAUGUUAGGUAGCGAUUGAAACACGGGCCGCGAAGGAGUUAUUUUUGAAGUUAAUUGCAGUUGAAUUUUACAGUUGAUACUGAGCACGAUCCGCCUUUGCUUACUGAAGAAUCGAAUAUGAAUUUAACCAAUGAAAACGUCAUGCGCUGGCGUUACAAACUUGGUAAAAUAUUAUCCAGUGCUUGGUGGAAAGGAACGUCGCCCAAAGGACAACGUAUUUAAAAAGCGAAGCCUUCGAGGGAGGCAAGAAUUGCCGAGAAGAAAAACUUAGCUGGUUUUAUUCGUUCUCAGUCAUUAGCUUCAGCGGUAUUCUGGAACAUUGGAUAAUACUUUACCAGGUCAAAACGACGUUCUACUUGAUUUAACAGUAUAAGUAAAAGGCGACGCGCGCUAAAAACUGUAAAAUUUCACUACAAUCAACAAUCAAGGUCAUAAAAUAACUCCUCUGCACUCUGUGGCAGAAAAAAUAAUAAUCCAAACGCAACUACAGCAAUGCAAAAGACGUUCCGAUGAUCUCUCACUUUCUCCAACAGACCUAUGCGGUUCAGCGAUGAAUAAUAUAGUGAGAUCCCCUGUAUACGUACAAAGUUACCCACCAAAUAUGCACUGCGUCUACAAUAUAUCAGUUCCACAUGGCAAGCUGCAAAAGCUUGUAUUUCAAAUAUUUGAUCUGGCAAUUGAUCCAGAAUGCAGGUUAGAGCCUAUUUUCCAUUCAAUCUGUUAGAGAACCUAGUAUUAUUGAACUCAUAAUGAGAGAAACUAUUUUUUUUUUACAAUUUUCAUUGGUAUAAUAUGAGCACUAAAUGACACGAAUUAUGAUCAAUGAUGACACUUAUUUUCUAGCUGUCAUUUUAAUGUCAAUUUUAGUUCCUACAAACGUGAUGCUUCCACCAAAAGAUGGUUGCCUUCUAAAUCUCGAAGUGAAGUGUAGCGGUUACUCGUGAGCCUAUGUUCUUAUAAUGUUCCAUGGAUAAAGUAUGCUCCGAUAUAAUUAACACACUCACAUCAUCAUUCGGGUUGUUAGGGUUUCUAGAAACAAAAUUUGAUGCUCGUCAGCAUAGCGCAUGCAAAUAAAGUUUUGAUGAUUACGUCUUGAAAGAGGUGCAACAUAGAAAGCAAAAAGUAAAGAUCCAAGACUGGAUCCUUGUGCGACACCACACUCAAUACAUUCGGACAAAGAUGUGCGGCUUAAUGUUUAUUUGCACUGUAAAGGAGCAGAGAGAAUGAAUUUGUUUAAUGUUAACUCGUGAAAUAUUGAUUGUCUCCUUUGCAGGUUUAACUACUUGAACAUUUCAGAUGGUAAUCAUCUCAUCGGCCAUUACUGCGGUAAUUUAACGGGAAAAGUUAUUUUUGUUUCACGAGACUAUCUGGUGUUAACAUUUCAUUCAAACGAGAACUUUGACCCUAACAAAAAAGGAUUUGAGAUAUUCUUUACGGACGAUGUAAAUAUGCCUGGUAAGUGAAUAUAACAAUCGUCUAUCAAUAAUACCAUGCAAAUUUAUACUAGAGUACAGACACAUCACGGGAAACUUGUUUAACGUGUUUCUCCAACAUGGCGAGCGGUUUUGAAAAUUUAUACGCGGGGUUAUUUCAGUUAACAACUAAAAAAGGCAUGAAAUCGAGACCGAGAUGCCUAAACAUCAGUACUCGUCCAGGGCUCGUUUUCCCCUCUUUUGCUUUUACUACAUUUUGACGUCAUCAGCGAUUUAUGAAUGAACACAGAACAGGCACAAGGCAUCCUUGAAUAUAUAUGUUAAAAAAAGUCAAGAGACAAAGGUUAGGAGAAUUAAUAUGAUAACCAAAGGGAAAAUUCGGCUGUGACCUUUUGUCCAAUGAAAGUGAACCGAGAUGACAGAAUGACAAAUUGUCUUUGUGGGCGAGUAUAAUUGUCAAGGAAAAACUUCAGUGUUAUUUUAAGAUUGCGCUCUAAAAAGGGGACGGCUACGUAUGGAAACACCUGCGAAAACAGCCGACAUUUUGCGACCUCCCAGGUUUCCCCGCGAAAUGAAGUGUAAGGAACGACUGCGGAAAUUUCACACUGAUUCCAUCGCAAGAUCUAGGUAGUGCCCCUGAUUGGUUUUAAUUAGUAACAUUUCGCGGCACAACUAGACUCACGCGUGCUCUCGACCUACUGCUGUGACUCAAACCAAGAAUAAGAGACUGCUCGCAGUCUAAGGCACAACUAAUUAGAAGCACUACCAAGACCUGGGUACACGUAUGUAAUUUUUUUGACUCAUCCAUUAGACGUCAUUUUACGGAGAAACCAGUGCUGGGGUCGCGAAAUGUUGGCUGUUUUCUCAGGCUAACUAUUGAAUAAGCUUUACUUUGACUAUAUGUUUCAGCACCUUGUCCAGUAGGAUGGACAAGCCUUUAUGGUUCUUGCUACAAAAUAUCUUCCAACGAAUCGGACUGGAAAUCAGCAAAGGCAACCUGCGAGGAACUGGGAUCAAGUCUUGUUAUUCUGAACUCACUGGCUAAAAUACAAGAGCUCAUUAAAAGAACAAAUGGGCAGACGUGGAUUGGUUUACAGAGGGAUCUCAGGAACAGUUCACGCUGGCAAUGGGUUGAUGGGACUGGCGCAUUUUAUAGCUACUGGUUGAGUGGAGAGCCGAACAAUUACGGAGGCAACGAAGAUUGUGUUGUAAUGAACCCUCACAUAGGAAAAUGGAAUGACCAAUGGUGUGGGAAAUCUCAUUAUUACGUUUGUGAAAUCAACGGUAACACAACUUUAAAUUAGAAUUAAAUUAAUUUUAUUUAAGCUCGAUAGCGUGAGGAGUGGUUGCCCAAUCUCCCGAGCCCGGGGCUCAUGUAUUAAACGCUCGAGCAUUCCGGAUCGAAUUGGAAUUUAGAAAUGUUGGUUUUUGCGGAGAGGGGAAAACCGGAGUACCCGGAGAAAAACCUCUCGGAGCAGAGAAGAGAACCAACAACAAACUCAACCUACAUAUGACGUCGAGUCCGGGAAUCGAACCCGGGCCACAUUGGUGGAAGGCGAGUGCUCUCACCACUGCGCCACCCCUGCUCCCCUUUCUAUGAUAAUAAGUACAAUCACAAAGUAAAGUAAAUUGUAAAUUGUUUAUCUAAGAUCGCAAUAAAUCUGGGUAUUUCCCGGUAGACUUCUUGUAUUAUAAUAAAACGAAAAUCUUUUUUUUUUCUAGCGACAAAAAUACCAGCAGUCAGCGACAACAACUUUUGAUUCCUCUGCUUAUGAUAAUAUUCGUUCAUUUCAGAAAUACUAGAGACCUUUAGAUUGUAGGACGAGAACAACUACGAGUACGAGAUUUCAAUUAAAGUUUUUUCGCGUAUUCUCAAAUAAUAGAUACCGGAAAUAGCUUCAUUCUACAUCGCUUUCACCAAAAAAAAUAGCGCUGUUAUCUUUAUCGAAAGAGGUUAAGCUCCCAGCUGCAAAGUAAUAAAACCUAUAACACCAGAGGGUCCAGAGGAAUUUCGUGUGAAUAAAUGAAUUACUUAUUUACAGUCUCACCUUGUCUAUACCUGUCGCUUAGCACGAUUAAUUAGCCCAAUGGGAUCUUUAUAAAUCUACUGUAAACGAUUUCUUCGCUUCUUAUCUGACCCAGAUCGACUUUUGAAAAUCAAUAACCGCAAGCCAUAUCCUCGCUGGCGCACGGCACGUCGCCCGAAGGGCGACCGAGGCACGAAGUGCCGAGUGAAAGUAAGGACAAGGGAGGAAACUUGUACCACGUGACUUCGUUCGCUGUGAACCGAAUCACUCGGUGACGGAAGUGAAUGAGACCGGAAACGCAAAAGCAACAGACGCGGCUGCUAAUUCGAGAAUCAAAACAUCAGCUGCGGAGAGAGUUUUAAAGAUCUCAGAGAUCUAUGCGAAGGCAACAUAGUUUUAAUUGAAGUGAAGAUCUUUCAAGACUGGACAUUUGUUGUACAUGUCAACAGUCUUCGAUGUCUUAAGCAGGUUUUGCUUGUGCGAAGGCUUCCCAGUAAUCGCAAAACGCACAGCCAAAGACGCAAGAGGCAAUAUAGUUGGACCACCGAAGAAUGGCACAGUCGUGAUGAUAUUACAGUUGUCUUGUGCGUCCGCUCUACCCAGUGUCACUUUUUAUUGCAAGAGUACACACGACCCGUAAAUCACUAUCCGUAAUAAUUCUUCAUUCUCCAAACAAAACUAACGAGCUGGGCCCAGCGUGGUACAGCAUUGCAGAAAAACAUUAUAUUCACGGACUAAAGAAAAUCGCUUAGUUAUUCAGAUCCAGAAGACACUUUGGAGAAAAUUGGAACACUUAUUCAGCCGUAAUAAAAAGCUUUACGCUUCAAAAGAGGUCAAAGAAAAUGCGCUUGUAUCAGAGGCAAAUCCUGCCGACCAGAAACAAUAAUAACAGUAAAUCGAUAUGUGCAAUGACCUCUCAGUGUAAAACAUGCGGCUAAAAUCACAUCCGCUCAGUGAAAAUGUAGAAUCUUCCGGAGCAUAAACUACCCAGCACAAGAAAAAAACUUUAUUGGAACGAGCAGCAUUUUUGCAUGAGGUAAAAGUCGUGUAGGCUUCCCUUUUAUUGCUCCGAUCUUGAGCACAUUUACUUUACUACGCCGUUUCCGUCAUCAUCUGUUGCGGUGCACAGCGAACGAAAGCGCUAUCUCGAAGCCGUAAAUUUCGGUCGCCGAAAAUAAAUUUGAACGCUUUUUUAUGCCGUUUUCCUACAGUAUUUGGCAAAUACAUAAGAAUUCUAGAUCAGGUUAGUAAAAUCAGGCAAUUUCAUUCAAUUCCAUUUGAGUUUCAGGGAUUCGAAAAUCGCCCCCAAAUUUGUUUCCUCCCUUUCUGAAUUUUAUACUGUAAGCCGAUCUUGCGAGUCCUCAGUCUCUUGGUUUGCCGUCUAUAGAAUGUGUAACGAAACCGUAACGCGAUCAAAAUAACCAGUUUUUUCAGAGGUUUUCGACGGGUUUUAAUGUUCUAACGACAAACACAUCUCCUCUGGACCCUGUGAUAACACUUUAUAAUAACUCACUUCUGUCCGCUAACACGCUAACUCGUAGUAGAAUGACGACGACUGUACAACCAAUAUGACGCUGGUUCACACGCGCGCACUACUGAGUAUUGAGGAAAUCUGGUACUCGUAGUCUUACUCCUCUUAGAAUCUAAAAGUCUCUAUUUGUCUUUCGCAGGUUCAGCAGGUUGCCCCCAGGACUGGAUUCAAAUCCUCGGCUUUUGCUACAGAGCCUUUUCUUACGCACUGGAUUGGUUCGCGGCAGAAUCGGCCUGUAAGGCAAUUGAAUCUAGUCUUCCUCUAGUGAAUUCACGUGCUGAACAAGAUGCCCUUGGCUCAUUUCUAACACAAAGCGCAUGGACUGGUCUGCACAGGAACAGGAAUCCCAGUCACAAUUUAAUUGGGGUUGGUUUGGUCAAUGGUUCACAAGCUAGUUACGGUCAUGAAUUACGCGGUCAAUUGGAUAGUUUGACGGGCGAGGGAGAUUGUGUAGAGAUAAAUUCGAAGGGAAAACUGAAAAAUAGAGACUGUCGUCAUCACCAUCAGUACCUUUGCACAAUAUCGGCAGGUAAGCAACUCCAAGAAAACAUCACGUGUUUCUGGAAGAGUUAGAAUUUUUUUCCAGAUUAUGCUUGUGUGUAUUGUAUAGAGGUGCCAGUUAAGAAUCUUAAAAGGGUACCACCCUGUUGAAAGAUAUGAAAUGAAAAGAAGACAGAAAAAUUAGUACUUGAUUGCAAGGUCCAUUAACCUCAACCGGAGCGACCCCCUCAUACACUAAUCACGGCGUUUCCACAAUCAUCAAGUAAUUUUAGAUUCACUGUAAAGUACUUUUCCAGCAAAAAUAAAUAAGCCCUUAGUAAAAAGCACAUGGAUUAUGCUUUGCUUAUCUUUUACACUCUGUAUAAAUAUUUUCAAAAGGAACUAAGUGCAGAAAACCUUCACUGCGGGAUGAUGUGCUUGUUUCACCUUCUGAUUGUCUUUUACCAACUCACCAACAUGGAAAGAUUUGCUUUUUUUACUGCGCCCGUGGAUAUCAAGUCAGCGGUCCUUCAUCUGCUCGUUGCGGGAUUGGUGGAUCAUGGAGUGAAGAUGCCAACACCAUCAUUUGUGAUGGUUUGUAACUUGAUAUUUUAAGUUUCACUUCCUCCCUCAAUUGUAGCUUUAAACAUAAGCCAUUGUUUGCAAUUUUUUGGAUUGCUGUCAAUCCAGCCCGAAAGCUAUUGACUUCUGCAGAUUAGGGCUUGUGAAUCAAGAUGACCCUCCAACAGAUUAAUCGGACGCCUUAUACCAAGUUUGUGCAGCAUGUUUUUAAUUGUCAUCAUUAUAUAAAUAAUCUGAAGUUUUACAAUAAUUAUCACCACCGCUACAACCAACACUACCACCACCAUUACCACAAUUAUCAUCAUCAUCAUCAUCAUCAUCAACAACAACCGACAACAACAUGGUGAUAAGCAUUGGUACAAUCUUAAGGAUCAUAUCAUCUUUAUCACCAUUACCUUUUACGUUCAUCAAACCCAGGUGCACCGUUUAAUGUUACGGCCAGAUUACCCCGUCAAAGACGAGUGCUGUUCGACAGCCGUUGUUGUUUGUUUCUAUUCAAUAGAAUGUGAAGAAGCUCUCGGUAUGGGAGACGGAGAGAUCUCCAACGGGCAAGUCAUUGCUUCUUCUCAACUGGAUGCCGAGCAUGCAGCCAUCAACGGCAGACUAAAGGCUAUAAGAACUUCAAAUAAAGUAGGAUCGUGGUCACCUUAUACCAAUGAUGUUAAGCAAUGGUUGCAGAUAGAUCUGGGCAGUCAAGAGCGCACCCUUGUAGCAAAGAUUGCUACUCAAGGAGAAAAUGCUGACAGCACGUGGGUCACACAUUACACAUUACAGUACAGCGACAAUGGAAAUAAGUUCAAUGUUUACAAAGAGCUAGGACAAGGUAAAGAUAAGGUGAGACGCCUCUUCUUCGCCAAAGUGAAAAAAAAAAGCAGUUUAGCAUUUCUCCAGCAACCUUUAAAUACGUAUGUAUUUUGCUCAUGUGCAGUUUUGGUCAGAGUAAAAAUAUGUCCCGCAACUCGCUUCCUUUGAGGAAUGCAGCAAGAAAUGAAUUUAUUGACUGAAUUUAACACUUAUGCGUCCUACCUGGAUUUUUCAGGUGUUCGAUGGCAACACAGACCCAGAAACCAUUGUUUCUCAUAAACUAAAUCCACUCAUAAGAGCACGGUACAUCCGUUUCCUACCAACCGCUUGGCAUAAACACAUCUCUAUGAGGGUAGAACUCUUUGGAUGUAAAGGUAAUUAAUUAACAGAUGGCUUUCAAUAGACCACUUUCGAUAUAUUAAAAUUCAUACCUGGCUCUGGGGCUCGGGGGAAUAAAACAAAAGAAAUGAAUAAUUCGUUGCUGAACCUAAAGAUGAUUCAUCCUCUCUUGUUUUAUUCGGCACUAAGCUCCGCAGCCAAGUAUGAAUUUUAAUACAUCGGAAUUGGUCUCAGUAUUCAAAGCAUCCCUCUCAAGCAGUUCACAUUUAUCUCAGAUACAUUUUGACGCAAAUUUGGUCUUUCCUUAGGGACACCAAAAUAUCGCCACUGGUUCCUAGAUGGUUCUGAUUCAGAUGUAAGGUUAGUAUAAUAUAUAAAUAAGCUAUUAAAGAAAUAUGAAGAUAGUGAUUUUGAUGAGGAUGAGGAUGAUGAUGAUGAUAAUAAUAAUAACAAUGAUAAUACUCAUGGUCAUCAUCAUCGUUAUCGUCAACGCCUUUCAUCGAAGAAGAUUUAUCCAUGAUAAUGUUCUCCAUGCAUUUGAUAGAUAUUCACAAGUCACUUUCUGCAUCAAAGGAGAGUCCCUCCAUAUUUUCUCGUAGCUUCCAAAAACUUUGAAAGAUUUCUUGUGGUAUGCUUCUUUUAAGCUUAAUAUUUCAUAUUGAUUUAAACCAGAGGCAAACCAUCCGAACUGUCUGAGGCAUCGUGAUGUCACGUGCGACUUGUGAUCCCAUUAUAUCAACAUCUGGGAUCAAAAGGUGUAAAAUCUGUGUUUUGUGAAGCAUUCUACCGAUCACUUGAAUGAAGCCGAGCGCGGGCUUUAUGAAAUACAGUAAAUGUAUGGGAUCACAUGUCACGCGUGACAUCACAAUGCCUUGAACAGUUUGGAUGGUCUGCCUGUGUUAAAAUAUUAAUUACUCUAGUUUUCAUUUGGUAGGUUUUUUGGUGCGGUUAAUUACACUGAAGGUUGGUGCCUUGGAAGUAAAGCUGUGUCUUUCAGUCAAAAAGGCUCCUUUGUCACUGUGCCCAAAGUAAACAUUACAAACUGCGACUUUACAAUUGCUUUUUGGAUUAAGUCCGGUGAUACAGAGGGACCUUUAAUGGCGAUUUGGUCUGUGAGCGGAAAACUAUUUUACGCGGCAAUAAAGAAUUCCAGUGUCAUCUUGUCGAUACAUAACACUAUAGCAAAAGCAAACUUCGCAAUCAGGGAAUGGAAUCAUGUUGCCAUAACCUGUGAGGAGUCUAAGAUCAAGGUGUUUGUAAAUGGAACAGAAAUUUUAACGAAGGAACAAUGGAACGAGUUCUUCUUCUUAUCGUCAGACCAUCUUGAGACGGAAAAUGUCCUAGGAAAUCAUCCAGUCCUGUUCAAGUUGCCAUUGGUAAAUAAACCUUUUGUUGGGGCACUGAUGGACCUUCAUGUAAUCGAAACUGCCUUGUCUGCAAAUCAGAUUUCUGACUUGGGCAAAGGUAAUCUGUUGUUGUUAGGGAGUUUAACCAAAUGAGUUUUUGAGUGACGCACGUCGACCGGAGGUGAGCCGUUUUCGCUCUUGAUACAACUUGACGCUGCCAAAAUCGUAAUGCCUCGUUGUCUUGCUCUUAUAUAAGGACUUGACGAUCGGACGACGCGACGGCAGCAAAAACGUCGCUCCGCUCGGGGUCAAAUGAUGCUACUCGGGCCACAAAUAAACUAUAUGCCCCCCAAAAGUCAUGUGAUUGUCCUAGUGAUCUAAAAAUGCAUACGGAUUACACUGAAAAAACGGAAAUAAUUUUGAGGUGGUCAAGAACGUGAGCCUCUUGUUAUACGAGAUGUGUAAACGGGGCUGAUUAAAGCAGCUGGAGUGACAGCCCUACAGUCGCGAAAUGAUCCCCAUAUUUUGGGGCUCUAAUGUUAAUUGAUCCGAAACUAAGAAUUAAACCGAAUCCCUUGUAGCCUACACACAAGUACAUAAUUAACUGAUGACGAUAUAUUUUUGUGAACCCAAGGCACGCCGAAAACUCCAGUUAUUAACAAAAAGGAAAGCAAGAUAAAUGGUUGCACAGUAAACCUCACAUGGAGUCGUGACGUGUGUGCCACUACGAAGAACACCAUACGCUUUAGAGUGAUAAAUCCACAGGGCUACAGAGCAGAACGCAGGGUACAAGAGCAUACUUCAGCGAAAUUAUAUCAUCCAUUGACACUUGACUGCGACAAAAUCUAUCAGAUUGAAGUGUCUUCGUGGAUUAGAGAACUCCAGAGCGAUUGGUCUACUCCUUGGCAAGUUCAAACUAACUCACCUAAGAUAAAGAAGGAAACACAAGACGUCUACUGUAAGUACCGCAAGGGAACAAAGUAUAGAUUGCCUUAACCCAAGCUGGGCUGGCGUUCCUCCUCAGAAGACAUUCUUAGGGCCUCGUCACGCGUCGUUGCGUGACUAGUCAAAACACCGUCUACGUGGAAGGCUACUUCCGCCAGGACAAGUGAGGCUUUAUAUCCGUUCAGAGCCGUAAGGUCAUGGAUGAUGCCAUAAAUAAGAAACAAACCAGAAAAUGCCGGCCGCAAGAAAAAUCGUCCUAGAUGUACUUAUAAUUCAUCCCUCUAUUAUCUUGAACAGGGUAAAUGGAAGAGCAGGUCAUUGCCACAAUAAUGACCGGCGUUUAAUAUAAGUCGCGUUCAAGCGAAGGAGAAAAUUAACUUUUCUACCUUACCCUACGCGCACGGUCAUUAUUUUUCAGAAGAAGGCCUAACUAACUGAUUAUUAUCCUAUUUAUAAUCUCCGCCAUUUUUUUGUUAAUAUAGGGAGACUCUACCUAAUGAAGUCACAAAAAUUCCGAGAAAGAAGCUUCAUUACCCGAACUGAGAAAACAGCACGAAAUCCCAAGGCAAAAGCAUAGUUACUUGAUAUGAAAAAAUCAUUUUAAACUUGAAAAAUCAAGUCAAAUUAUGAAGCCGUCUUUUUUAGAACAGACCUUUUUUGGCCACUUCCGCAGGUGAGAUGGGGAAAACAAAAUACAUUUUAAAAGUGAUAUAUGUAAAAGUUCAGAAUGAAAAAAAAUACAAAAACAAACUCCCGUAACCGAGACAAUAACACCUAUCCUCUUAUGGAUGACCUACAUGUAAAUUGCAUAAAUUCCAUAUCUUUUACAUUAAUUUACUUCUGUCUUUCCAGCUAACGAUGACGCUAUUAAAGCGUUGGGAAUAGCUCUUGGAAUCACUGCUACUCUUGCGGCAGCAAUUCUCGUAGGGAUCUACCGAUGGAGGCAAAAAAGAGAAGAACGGUAUGCUUAAAUGGCACUGAAACGUCAAUAGGGUCUACUCAACGCAUGUUAACAAAGUUGGACGCUAACACUGACACUCGCGUCAUAUCCGACAAUUUCUUCGAAAAAAAGUCCCCGAUUUGUUGUCUUUUUUUUGCGCGGUGUAUUUUCCGAUUGACGAAAGAUCCAAAUACAAAAUCGGGCCACCUUUUCUGUUCACCAUAUGUUCGCUACAAAACGGGGCAGACAAACCGUUACGUAUAAACUGGCCUUUAAAUUAUAAAUGCCGUAACCUUAACAGGAAGGUGCAGUGUGUUUCUUUCGUUUGUUUGUUUGUUUGUUUUUCUUGUUUUCGCUUUAAAUGCAGUUUAUUUUUCGACAGACGACAGGUACGUAGCGUGCUCGGGCUAGAACGAAGACAGACAUGCGCACUGGACCCCCGUUUCAACUCUAAGUCAAAUUGUACUCAAGGAAAUCGAGGCACUUCUAUUGGUCUCCAUAAAAAUGGAAUUUUCCGUAAUGUGUCUAAGCAACAGAGGUGGCGGAGCCUUUCGAAACGUGGGGGUGGGGGGAGGGGCUCAUCAAAGGGUCUUUUAUACAAAGACCCCAGUAAGGGCGAAACAGCUGUCCAUGGCUGCCACUGCCCGAAUUUGACCACCGCCUUGUUACCUCAGUUGGGAGAGCGCCGGUCUGCUGAGCGCGUUGUUCGUUAGCACAGGCAAAUCUCUUUGUAAUCUUCACAGUGAAGAUGGCGAUUUGUGACAAUGUAUCAGCAGGCAUUUGUUUAGGCUGUCCUGAUUUAUGAUACUUUUUAGUAGAAAAUCGUCCAGUGAUGUCACAGGUAAUGUCAAAUACAUCCGUAAUGGCGAUUACAGACUUUUAUCGGGGGGUUGUAGGGAACACCCUGCUCCUCCGCUUACGUAGUUAGAAAACCCGUUCUUCCUACGCAGUUUCUUCAUAGUUCGAUCAUGUACGAAACAAAACUUUUGCUAAUAUUGACUGUUUCCUAUUUAGAUCCAAGAAAGAAAUUGUUCAUUUUAUGUCACUGGAAGUCCCACACGAGCGAGUAACCUUCAUGGAGGAACUUGGUCGAGGGGCUUUUGGCAAGGUUCAUAAAGGUGUGAUGAAGGAGGUAACAGACGCAAAUACAUAUUCCGAUACCAGUGAAAGAAAUCCAAAUGUACGUUCCAAGGACAGCCUGCGAACAUUGACGGGCAAUAAGGGACGAAUUGUUGCUGUUAAAGUCCUUCUUGGUGAGCUACUAAGCCAUUUUCGAUGAAUGUUUACAAAUCAUGUUCGACCAGCACGUUGUUAACGUAAAUAAAGUUUGUGUAACUUUAAAGGGAUUUUCUUCUUUUGUUGCCAAAGAGGCCGUUGUGGAGAGCUUCCACUGUAUUUUUUGCGUAUUGUUGUUCUCAAGUUAGAAAUCUAUUCAACUGGUGCUCCAUACUAGUCUAAGUGGGGAGGAGCGUUGCGUGACGACACUAAAAACGGCUGUGUAGCAGACAACAAUCUUGGACAAAAUAAAAUGGAACAGCAAACCCCCAACCCCCCUCCCCCCGCGCCUCCCAAUCAAGGAUGAAGCCGCGCGAAGGGCAAAAACGCGCCAUUUUCCCAUCCUUGAUUUGGGGGGGAGGGGGGGGUCUAGGUUUUCCAUUUAUUUUGUCCAAGAUUGUAGCUCCAUGCAGUACUGGAGUUUUCCUGUUCCUCUGCGAUACAAGAUCUUUUCUACUUGAGACUUGAGCUUAGUAAAUAUGCCCUUCAUCAUCACUUCCUUUGCAUGGUUACGCAGUUCACAAACCCUCUCGAUAUUGUUUUUCUAGACUGAUUUUAACUGAUAUUAUUUUGUUCAUUAACUUCCGUUUUUGUUUAGAAAAUGCUGGAGAGGAGGAAAAACGACAGUUUCUUCAGGAAAUUGACCUCAUGAAGGACGUUGGAUCGCAUCGAAACAUUCUUA